CAACAUAGUUCGAGUUGUGCAUGUUCUUUUAAUCAUUUUUUGGACUUUUUAUUCAUAAAAAUGCAUUUCUGCAUUUUGGUAGUGCUGAGCUUACUUCCUGUUGUCACGUCUCUCGAGCCACUGUUAGUAGACACAGAUGAUGAUGAGGACUUGGACAUAACUGAAAUAAAUGAAGGCUUGGAUUUAUUUGAGGGCGACAUUAUGGAAGACAUAAAGUCACAAAGGAGGGUUGCCAGGAGCGUCAAUUUGAAUGAAAAGCAGCUGUGGGACAUCCCUGUUCCAUACGUGUUAGAAGCCAACCUUGGUGUGAAUGCUAAAGGAGUCAUUCUUCAGGCCUUUGAACACUUCCGCCUGAAGACGUGUAUUGAUUUCCGGCCCAGACAGUCUGACGAAUACUACCUCUCAGUCAGAGCGAGUCGAGGGUGUUACUCUUUUGUUUCGAAAACCAUAAAAAGUGGUCAGGUUGUUUCCAUCGGUAGACGUUGCGAUCGUCUUGGUACAGUUGAGAAUGAGUUUCUGCAUGCUUUGGGCUUGUACCACGAACAGGCGCGAUAUGACAGAGACGACCACAUAACCAUUAACUGGAGAAACAUCAGAGACGGAUACCAGAAAAAUUUUAGGAAAUUAAGCCCAAGCGUAAGUACAACAUUUGAUGCUCCAUAUGACUAUCUCUCUGUGAUGCACUACGGAAGAAGGUUUUUUUCUAAAAACUCAGGAGACACCAUCUCCACUAAACUACCAGAGUAUCAAGACCAAAUAGGACAGCGAAUGGAGAUGAGCUCCAUUGAUGUGUACAAGUUGAAUCGCCUUUAUAACUGCAAUGCAUCCAUUACUUUUGCGGAGCACUGCAACUUCAGCACUGACACUUGUGGGAUGAGAUAUUGUAAAAGCGGUUUGUCCAAAGGUUGGAAGCGAUUGAACACUGCUGAUGGAGAGCCAUUGACUGACCACACCACCCUGGACAAGAACGGGGGUUACUUCAUGCAUGCUAACACAACAACAGGCCAGGAAGGAGACUCAGCCUGGCUUGAGACCAAGAAGAUGACCCCUACCGCAAAAUGUCACGUCCAGUGUCUCCAGUUCUACUAUUACCACAGUGGAAGCUGGUCCGACCAGCUCAACAUCUGGAUCAGGGAGUUCCAAGAUGAGAGGGACACAAUGGGAAGAAAACGCCUCAUGGGUCAGAUCUCUGGUGAACCAACCUUCAAAUGGACAUUUCACAAGGUGCCCCUGAACGCUACCAAGCCCUUCCAAGUUGUGUUUGAGGUGCGUAAAGGAAGCGAAGAGUCUUCAGGAGGCUUUUCCAUCGAUGACAUCAAUCUAUCUGAGACUGGGUGUCCACAUCAUGUCUGGGAGAUCACAGACUUUGAGAGUCUCUUGACGAGUACGGACUAUAACAGUUAUCUGCGCAGCCCUCGCGUGUACUCUCCUGAAGGUUAUGCUUACCAGAUGCUGAUUGCUCUGCGAGAAACUUUCUUUGGAGUGUAUUUUCGUUUUGUGUCAGGAGACUAUGAUUCAACACUGGAAUGGCCGUGCCCAUGGAGGCAGGUGACCAUCAUCAUGCUGGACCAGAACCCACACAUUCAGCAACAGAUGUCCAAACAGUUCACUAUGACCACAGACCCAACUUACACUGCAUUUGACGACCCAGGAAUAGUAGGACGACCAAUGAGAAGUAAUGGAGAAACACUUUAUGUGAACCCUGCCUAUGGACUCAAAUCAUUUCUCUCCCUGGAGCAAAUUAGGAGGCGGGACUUCCUGAAGGGGGGCACUGCUGUAUUCCUCUUCUCAUUGGACGAUAUUUCCAGCUUGCGGCACAGUAGCUCUCUGCCUUGCCCAAAACAUCCACCAACCAAAUCUACAACCACUCGCUCAAACAACUCUGACCACGGCCCAUGUGAACACAGGGGUUGACACAAAAGAUGAUUCAGGCUAAGUCAGUUGUUUCUUGGAGGGCCGUAAACCUCUUCAUGGAAAUACGCUCCGGAAACAGAUAUCGAUACAGGUCCUACCUCCUCUACUGCCAUUCAACAAACAGCUGAUUCAGGUUGAUGAAAAAAGUAAAACAAAGAAAAUAAUUUGUUAAUAAAGAGAUGUUUCAUACCUUCAA